UCAUAACCAUAAGACUUACAAAAAUUUUCACUUUCUGUUUUCAAUUUUUGGGGGCUCAAAUGUGAUUUUUUUCCAAUUUUAAAAGAAGAAAAAAAUUUGCCCGAACGAAGCAAGGGCGAAAGUUUUUGAAAAUUUGAUUUCGCGAGGGCAAAAACUUUGGAAAAUUCGUAUUUUGAAAGAGCUAUAAAAAAACAAUGUUUUUUAAAAUUUUCGAAUUGGAAAGAUUUUUCUAGGAUGUGAAUUUUGAUUUUUUUUAAAGUCAGAGAACAGGCGCCAGUGAAAGUGAAAACUAUUGAAAAAAUGUAUUUCGAGAAGCAAUCGAAACUACAGGACUGAAUCUUUGUUUUUCAAUGCUGAUGUUGGCCAUUAAUCAGGAUAUUCAGCAAAAAGUUUACCAAGAAAUCGAAGAGUUAUUUAAAGACAACGACACUCUCGCCGCAGAUCAUUUGUUCAACGAUUUGAAAUAUAUGGAGCAAUGUAUCAAGGAAACAUCUAGAGUAUUUUCUCAUGCCGUAAUCACCACCAGACGUACUCAUAAAGAAUGCACACUGAAAGAUAACAUGGUCAUACCAGCCAACACGUUCGUCGUACCACUUCUGUUCUUAGCCAAUCAAGACCCUGAUUUGUAUGAAAAUCCUCAAAAAUGGGAUCCGGAAAAUUUCAACGAACAAGCGGUCCUAAAUCGUCCAAAAAACAGCUUCAUGAGCUUCGGAUACGGGCCCCGAUCUUGUAUAGGAAUUAGAUACGCUAUGCUUUCGAUUAAAACGCAAAUGGUGUACAUCUUACGAGAUUAUCAUUUGUCAACCAAUAUCAAAGAAUUGACGAAAGAGCAUUUGAAAACAGAUCUGUUCGUAAGGAGUACAAUCGGGUUUCCUAUAAAAUUUACGAAGAGAAAGGGUCUAAAUCUUGUAGAUUUCUAAGAAGUCCUGUGCUCGCUCGCUCACUUACCAAUUGGCAAUUACCAAUAAGAAGACGAUUGAAACACUACACCUAUUUCUCCACUGUGACUGGAAGAGAGCUUAAAAAUUGCUCAACACCGAAAAGUCCAUUCGAAAAGUAAACUUGGUUACCAUAUAAAAUUUUCAAGAAGAAAGGAGAUCGAAAAUAAUAAUACGAUACGAAAUUAGAUGUUCAAUUUAUAUACUUAUUUUGAAUUUGCUUAAAAUACUCAUAAAUGGAAUAUUUAGACGUAAUAUAUGUAUUUACCUAAUUUUUAUCGCUGUUUUUUUCAAUUAUUA